AUGGUGGACGAGUAUUAUCGAUUGACCGAUGUUUUUGAAACAUUUUCAUUUCUUGCACCGAAUGAACAGGUGACGUGUGUUGAUGGAACAUCAAGAACGCUAUUUGUUGGUACUUCACAAGGACGCAUUUUGCUUGUGGAUCUUCCUGCAAAGGAUGUGCUUAAUGCAUUGCAACUUUCAGUGAAUGCUCCCAUUGUACGAAUAGUGGCUGCCACAGCGCUUGAUUAUCUUGUUGUUCUGUCAGCGUCCACCAUCUUUAAUAUAGAAAUAAAGACAUUAAAGCCAAUUAGCUCAAGUGCGAUGUCGAACAUAGCUCAUUUGGCGCUGAAUAAAGAUCCAGUGGUAGCAGAUCCAUUUGCUUUACAGUUUGCUUUAGUUGCGAACAAUCGCUACAUUCUAAUCUGUGAAAUUAAAGCUGAUAAUUUGGUAAUCCAGCAAGAGAUACGAACUGAUGACAAUGUGGUUGCUUUAUCGUACAAUAAAUAUUGCAUAUGCUAUGCUCUGCCUAAUGCUUAUUUUGUUCAUAAUAUCUUGGAAAAUAAAACUCUAUCGUUGUUCCCGUACGACUCACAAGCUAUACGUCCUAUAAUUAUAAACACAGAUGCGGAAGAAUUUCUGGUGAAUAGUAUGCAAGGUUUAGGCGUUUUUGCAACUUCAGAAGGUGUUUCAUCGCGACCUCCGCUGUUCUGGGGUCUGACUUCUAUCGUGUCAUUUGCUUAUCGUUCACCACAUGUCUUUGUUCUAACAGCGUCAUCUGUUACCGUUUACAGUUCCGAACAAUCAGUUGUACUCCAGAGGUGGCCCUUUACAACUGGGACCUUGUUAGAGUGUAUUAAUGGGCAAAUGUAUAUUUGUAGUAGCAAGAAUAUCAGUUAUUUAGAACAAAUAUCGUGGCUUGAUAGGGCAAAGGCUCUUGCUGAUAAUGGAGAAUUGGAUGAAGCAUUGCGAUUUGCCGAAAAUGCUGUUUCCAAUGGUCAGUAUGACGAAGACGAAAUACUGAAAUUCAAUGAAUUAAAACAGAAAGUGGCCUUAGUGCUUUUCAAACGCGAAGAAUUUGAAAAAUUUUACGAAGUGGCCGUAUCAUCUGAAUUAGAUCCUCGUGCGGUUUUGAUAUCAUUUGCAUUUUUACUUCCGUUUCCAUCAGGGUUUCAAUCAGAGCUAAGCAAAGAGUCCACAGAAACAUUAGAAAAAACCUUUGAUGAUUUCGUUGCAGAAGGAUCCAUUGAACUUAUAAGUUUUUUGGAGCAUUAUUUGAGAAGAAUAAGAAAACUUCAUUGGACUGCUGGAUUUCGUCGGGAUAUUGACACUGUAUUAUUAAGAUUGAUAUCACUACGAAAGGAUGAACUGGGUGCUGAGGACAUGUUACUAAAUUUUCAUUGCACUUUUGAUGAUUGCAAUGAAUGGAUGCGAAAACAUAAACGUCGGAAAUUCCUUAUUACCAUAGCAUUUUGCCUCUCAAAUUUCGAUAAAGCACUUGCAAUAAGUCGAGAAUUAUAUGAUGAGAAUCUUUGGGAUGAUGGGAUUGUCAGAUUAUGUCUACAGUUCUUCCCAAGGUUUUAUUCAGAACAAACAAUAUUAGGUUGGGUUGAAUUUCUGCUCAAAAUUCGCCAAGAUGAUGCAAUCAGUGGUUUGAAAAGAAGUUCGAUCGAAUUAGAUCACUGGAAAAUUGUACGAAUCUUGCAACAGGAUCGAAGUACACUGAUCAAAUACCUUGAAGGAAUUAAAUCUCUCCAAAUCGCCGAAUUCCAUUCAAUGUUAUUUUCUAUGUACGCAGACGAAAUCAACAACUUGUUAGGCGAAGAUCGAAGAAGGGAAAAAUUAUACAGGAAAGAGCUACGUACUUUCCUUCUUCAACCAAACAAGCUAAAUUUGUCAGACAUGCGUGCAGUUCUCGAAAUUUGGCCUCACUUUGCUGUCGAACUAACCUUGCUUGAGGGUGUCAAAGAAAAUGGCUCUGUUGCAUGCCUCGAAAAAUUACUCAAUGAUCACAGAGACUAUGAUGCAGCCGAAUUAUUCUGUAUUUAUACAGAUACAUCGGAACAUGUUUUACAAUUGACACUUCUGAAGUUCUAUCUGCAAAAUGUCACGUCUCAACCGGAAUUCGGACCACGUAUAAUUGGUUUACUUAACACAUCUGGUUUAACCUCAAAUAAAACUGAGAUACUACAAGAUAUCCCGAAGGAAUGGCCACUAUCGUCGGUUCUUUAUUUCGCAGAAGGCACUAUAUUAUCAGCGAAAGAUCGAUCUCAUCGUCAGCAACUGAAAAAAAAGGUAUUUAUCAAUAUUUUGGUGCAGAGCAAUAUGCUUCCAAAGUUUAAUUGA